AACUUUCAGAGGUGCACAAGUUACGCGCGCUGUCGUACGUGUCAGCUCUCCCUGUCAGUUCUCCGAGCAAAAUGCCAGCAUGUUGACUUUCUUUAGGACGGUGAAGUGGCAGCGUGUCCGUUUUGGGGGACAAAACAGUGCAGGCGUCUUCAUGAUGAAAACUUGAGCAAAGUUUAAUCUUAAACGAUCUGCGGCAUCAUGGCUCUCCACCACUGCGCCUCGCUUUCCAUUUGGGCAUUUAUUUUAAUUUUGUGCGCUGGCGUCUCUGAGUCUUACUUUGCCAUUCCGUUGAAAGUAAACGCAGGUAAAAUCAAUGUUUCUUCGACUCUGAGUAUGGCUUCGCUCCGGAGCGCAGCAGUGGACGGAAAAGGCUUGUCACUCGCAACGGACCUCACGGGUCAAGUCAACUUUCUGGAGUUGAUCAACAAUCUGCAAGGGGACGCUGGGAGAGGCUACUACAUAGAGAUGGCAGUCGGCACUCCUGGUCAGCCGGUAAACAUUCUGGUGGACACAGGCAGCAGUAACUUUGCUGUGGCGGCGGCGGCACACCCUUUGAUCACUCACUACUUCGACACUGCACUGUCCAGUACAUAUGUGUCAACAGGUCGAACAGUGGGAGUGCGGUACACCCAAGGAAACUGGGAGGGUGAGCUGGGGAUUGACCAUGUGUCUAUUCCCAAAGGCCCCAACGGAACAAUCACCAUCAACAUAGCAGCCAUCUUAUCAUCUGACGGCUUCUUCCUCCCCGGGAUCAACUGGCAGGGUAUACUGGGUCUGGCCUACCCCUUGCUAGCUCGACCUGACUCAUCAGUGGAGCCCUUCUUUAACUCGGUGGUCAAACAGCUGGGGAUUCCUGACGUCUUCUCCCUGCAGAUGUGUGGGACUGGACUGUCAGCCAGCAGCUCUGCAGAGCAGAGAGGCGGAAGUCUAAUUAUGGGGGGGAUUGAACCAACUCUGUACCGAGGGGCUGUGUGGUACACACCAAUCAUAGAGGAGUGGUACUACCAAGUGGAAGUGUUGAAGCUGGAGGUCGGAGACCAAAAUCUCGCUCUGGACUGUAAAGAGUACAACACGGAUAAAGCUAUAGUCGACAGUGGGACGACUCUGCUGCGACUGCCUGUCAAUGUGUUCACUGCAGUAGUGAAUGCCAUCACACAGAGCUCUUUGAUCCAAGACUUUUCUACAGGUUUCUGGGAUGGUACAAAACUAGCCUGCUGGAUGAAAGGUGAAACACCAUGGAGGUUUUUUCCCAAUUUGUCCAUCUACCUAAGGGCCACAAACACAAGUCAAUCCUUCCGCAUCACCAUCCUGCCCCAGUUGUACAUCCAGCCAGUCACAGACGUCGAUGGCACUCUUGACUGCUUCCGCUUUGGGGUGUCGUCUUCGGCAAAUGGCCUGGUGAUUGGGGCAACUGUGAUGGAGGGCUUCUAUGUGGUGUUCGACCGUGCCCAGAGGAGACUAGGCUUUGCACUUAGCAACUGUGCAGUGAGUGGAGGAGUGGCCCUCUCAGAAGUAGCUGGGCCCUUCUCUGCAGCAGACGUGGCAGGUGACUGCUCCACGCGGAUGUUCAAGGAGUCCAUCAUGUGGGUGGUGUCCUACGCUCUGAUGGCCGUCUGUGCCCUGGUCCUCAUCAUUCUACUGCUGCUGCUGGUGCUACCGUACAGACGCAGGCACCGCUCUGGUGAAAUCACAGACGAAUCCUCGCUCGUUCGAAACCGCAUCAAGUGACUGAGAGGGAAUGUGCAAGCCAACAAGGUGAGCAGGGACAUGUGCACUGAGCAAAGCACGACCGAAUCAGUGGAAAAAGGCAUUAGCCAAAGUCCACAGCAAUCUGGUCCCACAGACUCAAAACUGCACACGACCACUCGUCCCACAGAGGUACAUGUAGAGACUUGUGCUGCCUCUUAAAGGGAAACGUCACCCUGAAAUUCUCCUGCACUCUUCAAACGUUUGUGAGUCAAGUUUGAAAUGCAGAUUGUGGUGUAAUUACUUUGUAACUGAUAAUAAAUGUUUUGGUCAAUUUGUGUAUAUGCUCGUAUAUCUGACAUCAAACAGCGCUCUCUGUAAAAAUGGUAUUGUCACCGUUAACAUUAUGAUACUUUGUUUUGAACAAAUGUCCACCACAGUUCUUUUAAUUGUAAUCAUUGUACAUAUUCAUUUACAUCAGUUAAAUAGUUUUGCAAAAUACAUUUUUGAAUUUCAAUAUUAAUUAGCUGAUCACAGUUGAUAUUUCUGCCACACCCUAAUUAGCCUAAUUAGUUUGUUCUUCCAACCAUUAUAAUUUAUUUCAACCUAAAACAAAUCAAACAUGAUAAACAUUUAUAUUUGCCAGCUCCUAGGAACUCAGUACACUACUGUAUUACAAAUAAGUUUUGAUUUCUGGUGUCCUAAAUAGAUAUUAAUGUGUGAAAUCUGAUCAAUAGCACUUAACAGUGCUUUAAGUGCCUUCCCUCUGUUGAUGCAAAAAGAUUUUUUGGCAGCAGUAAGAAUCUAAACUGCACUUUUUCAUGAUCAAAUCACAUGCUACUACUGCUAUAUUUAAAUGUAUAUUUUUUUUCUGAAUAGCCACAUAUUGUAAUUGUACUGUAGAUAUCUGUGUAUAAAAUAAUAGGCCUACCGUGGAAUCAAAAACAAAUUGCUUAUUAUUGCUUUAAAUUGUUGCUUGAGAGUACACUUGAAUCUUUAAAUGUGUAAUUAUUUAAAUAUAUUCUGUGCUUGUAAUGUUUGUAAAAAUGUGACCACAUAGAAGUGAUACUGAAGCAGGUUGUUUUUAACACGGUGAGUGCAUGGCGGCAUCUGGUGGAACAAAAUGCAAUUGCAAUAUCAUGCCUUAGAGGCACAAAUUAACAUUAUCCUUUGGGUAUUUCUGUACUGUAAACAAUAAAACCUCCUACAGGCAAUAGAAUGUCGGUGUUUUAAGUGGCUGGUGACACGCAACAACAUAUUUACAGCACAGCAGAAUUUGUGAGCAAAGUUAAAAGCAAAGUCCAGUUUGAUCCUGAUGAGACAAUGGUUUCCUUUGAUGGGACCCUCUUUUCACUUGUAUCCCUACAUCAGGAUUGGUGGAGGCAGCAAAGAGGACACUACUGCAGGAAACUAAGCUAGAGAACUAAACAUUCACCUGACCGAAGCUACCAGCUGCUGGAAAUUUGAUUCAUUCUGUCAAAUGGACAAAGUUUAAAUUUCUCCUUUACUAUGGAUC